AUGAGGAAGACAGCUUCUUUCUUCCUCCUCGUCUCCUCUAUGCUCAUCCUCAUCCACGGCGCACGUGCACAGCACAUGAUGUCCGCAGCACAGUUUGUACCGGCCAUGACGGAGUCACACGCUGCUCACCUGCACGACUGCAAGGCAGAGACAAGGACGGUGAUGUACGACUCGAGAAAGCUGCAAGACACGGCCCUCAAUAUCUGCUCCAUCAGGACGGACGCUUCCGAUGACGGCCCGGCCAGAGAAUCACGUGAUGUAAACAGACCAAUCAGAGGGCAGCUGAAUUUAGAUCGCCGCUAUAAUAAUAAAGCUAUGACGCGUGACAGUGCUCUACGAGAAAUGACACGUGACAAUGACGCUAGGAGAGAAAUGACACGUGAUAAUGACGCUAGGAGAGAAAUGACACGUGAUAAUGACACUAGGAGAGAAAUGACACGUGAUGAUGAUGCAAGGAGAGGAAUGACACGUGACAAUGACGCAAGGAGAGAAAUGACACGUGACAAUGAAGCAAGGAGAGAAAUGACACGUGAUAAGGACGCAAGGAGAGAAAUGACACGUGACAAUGACGCAAGGAGAGAAAUGACACGUGAUAGCGCUACACGUGAAAUGACACGUGGUAAUGAUGCUAGGAGAGACAUGAUACGUGACAAUGACGCAAGGAGAGAAAUGACACGUGAUAAUGACGCUAGGAGAGAAAUGACACGUGAUAAUGACGCUAGGAGAGAAAUGACACGUGAUGAUGAUGCAAGGAGAGAAAUGACACGUGAUAAUGACGCUAGGAGAGAAAUGACACGUGAUAAUGACGCUAGGAGAGAAAUGACACGUGAUAAUGACGCUAGGAGAGAAAUGACACGUGAUGAUGAAGCAAGGAGAGAAAUGACACGUGAUAGCGCUAGAAGAGAAAUGACACGUGAUAAUGACGCCAGACGAGAAAUGACACGUGACAAUGACGCUAGACGAGAAAUGACACGUGAUAAUGACGCAAGGAGAGAAAUGACACGUGAUAGCGCUAGACGUGAAAUGACACGUGGUAAUGAUGCAAGGAGAGAAAUGACACGUGACAAUGAUUCUAGGAGAGAAAUGACACGUGAUAAUGACGCAAGAAGAGAAAUGACACGUGACAAUGACGCUAGACGAGAAAUGACACGUGACAAUGAUGCAAGGAGAGAAAUGACACGUGAUAAUGGCGCAAGGAGAGAAAUGACACGUGACAAUGACGCAAGGAGAGAAAUGACACGUGACAAUGACGCAAGGAGAGAAAUGACACGUGAUAGCGCUAGACGAGAAAUGACACGUGACAAUGUCGCAAGGAGAGAAAUGACACGUGAUAAUGAAGCAAGGAGAGAAAUGACACGUGACAAUGAUGCAAGGAGAGAAAUGACAAGUGAUAAUGAAGCAAGGAGAGAAAUGACACGUGACAAUGACGCAAGGAGAGAAAUGACACGUGAUAGCGCUAGAAGAGAAAUGACACGUGAUAAUGACGCUAGACGAGAAAUGACACGUGACAAUGACGCUAGGAGAGAAAUGACACGUGACAAUGACGCUAGGAGAGAAAUGACACGUGACAAUGUCGCAAGGAGAGAAAUGACACGUGAUAGCGCUAGAAGAGAAAUGACACGUGAUAAUGACGCUAGACGAGAAAUGACACGUGACAAUGACGCUAGGAGAGAAAUGACACGUGAUAAUGAAGCAACGAGAGAAAUGACACAUGACAAUGUCGCAAGGAGAGAAAUGACACGUGAUAAUAAAACAAGGAGAGAAAUGACACGUGACAAUGAUGCAAGGAGAGAAAUGACACGUGAUAAUGACGCAAGGAGAGAAAUGACACGUGACAAUGACGCAAGGAGAGAAAGGACACGUGAUAAUGAAGCAAGGAGAGAAAUGUCACGUGACAAUGACGCAAGGAGAGAAAUGACACGUGAUAGCGCUAGAAGAGAAAUGACACGUGAUAAUGACGCUAGACGAGAAAUGACACGUGACAAUGACGCUAGGAGAGAAAUGACACGUGACAAUGACGCUAGGAGAGAAAUGACACGUGAUAAUGAAGCAAGGAGAGAAAUGACACGUGACAAUGUCGCAAGGAGAGAAAUGACACGUGAUAAUGACGCUAAACGAGAAAUGACACGUGAUAAUGAAGCAAGGAGAGAAAUAACACGUGAUAAUGACGCAAGGAGAGAAAUGGCACGUGACAAUGACGCAAGGAGAGAAAUGACACGUGAUAAUGACGCUAAACGAGAAAUGACACGUGAUAAUGAAGCAAGGAGAGAAAUGACACGUGAUAAUGACGCAAGGAGAGAAAUGACACGUGAUAAUGACGCAAGGAGAGAAAUGACCCGUGACAGUGACGCAAGGAGAGAAAUGACACGUGAUAGCGCUAGACGAGAAAUGACACGUGAUAAUGAAGCAAGGAGAGAAAUGACACGUGACAAUGACUUAAGGAGAGAAAUGACACGUGAUAGCGCUAGAAGAGAAAUGACACGUGACAAUGACGCUAGGAGAGAAAUGGCACGUGAUAAUGAAGCAAGGAGAGAAAUGACACGUGAUAGCGCGAGAAAUGACACGUGA